UGGGUCGCGGCUGGAGGGAUGUAAACUCCUUGUAAAAGGCAAGGGUGACAGUCGCCAAGAUUUUUAUUCCAUACACCAAGGGGAGGUCCGAUAUUAAAGGAGAACCCCCUGUGCCUUGGCAGGGGCUAAUUUCCAUGUUAAAACCUUCUCAGAUAAACUUCCACUGUUUAAAGCUGUAUGUUGAAAGUAUUUAAUUUUGUUAUUUAAUGGUCUUGUCUUUAAGAGGAAGACAAAAAACAGAACAAAACUGCCAUCUCUGUCACUUGAGAGGAAAUUAGACUUGAGUCAAAGGGCAAGCAUCUUGACUUUACUGAAGAAAAGAGGAUUCUUCUGUUUGAGUAGAGACUGUACAUAUAAACUGAGGAAAGCUCGCCAGCAGGACAGUUUUGGAGGCCCAGGGAUUCCUGUUUUUCAAAUUCAAAAUCCCCUCUCUUGAAAAAGGGAGCCUUGUUCUUACCUUUGGUGCUUCUCUGAGCGGCAUUCACUGAAGAGAAAGGGAAGUUGAGAGCAGCUGCAAUGCAACUGGCUGGUGAGGGGUGAAGGGUGCCCCCCCUUCUCACGUGUCUGCAAUACCCACAGGACACAACACGACACAUUCUCUGUACCUCAAGGGGGGCAUCAUGGAAGGAACAGCGGCUGCUCCUGCCCCAUGCUGGAGCGGGGGAGGAGGCAGCAGUGGCAGAGCACGAAGGCAGCGGCGUUGCUCACGGCGGGACCGUGAGAGUCGUUGCACUCGCCGUCGAGGAGGCCGUCCCAGGGAUGCUUCCCACCGAGGUCUCUUGUCGUCGUCCUCUUCAGGUUCGGACAGUGAGGGCCCCUCUCCCCCUGUCCCUGUGGCUCCUGGGAAAGGCCGCUCCCUGCAGCGGCGGCGGCGGCGACCCCUCCGACGGCGGAAGAGAGCUUCUGGAUCUUCCUGCAGUCAUGAGGAGGAAGAGGAGGAGGAGGAGGAGGAGGAGGACCUCAUUGAUGGCUUUGCCAUUGCCAGCUUUGUCAGCCUUGAAGCACUUGAGAAGGAUGCAACCCUGAAGACCCCAGAGCGGUUGGAGCUUCGGAUGAAGCAUUCCGGAAAGAGAAAACGGGGCGAGGGAAAUAAUUCUGAGCCAGAGGAUGAGGACAGGAGUUUGGAGAAAGGUCGCAGCCGGGGCUGUGGAGGGGAGAGAGCACCGAGAAAACGUAGCAAGAGGCGGCACAAAGAGCCUUCUCUUCAAUCCUACCUGGAAACUGGAUAUAUAUGUGAUACAGAAAGUGACCCAGAGGAGCAGGCCUCCAUUGAUGACCUCGAACAGUCAUUCACUGUCUCAACCAGCAAAGCAGCCUCGGGACCCAUUGGUGCAUUAAAUGGGAGCUGUGAAGCCAAACUCUCUGUGAUCCCUAAAGUCUCCGGCCUGGAACGGAGCCAGGAACGCAACUAUGAGGCCGACCGGGACCCCCUGCUAGUGCCUUUCCUGCCCAAGGACCCUCCUUCUCAGGCAGCCGCAGUCUCUGUUCCAGCUCAGGCCUUGCCCCCCAGUCCUCCUGCCCCACCUCCCACCAGGACUCGGUCUCAGACGCCUAAUGCUGUUCGUGGGACACCCCAGCCCAAAGGCCAGCUGCCUCCAACACUUCAGGGGGGAGCCGUUCCCCACAGCCUUGGCCAGAGCCAUCUGCACAUGAAGGUACCACCCUUUGCCAGCCAGACACAGGCACCAUACGCUGUAGGGCUGGACCUCAGCACCGGAGGGUGCAGCCGCAGCACAGCUCACCCCAAGCCCAUCCUCCCUCCGUGCUCCCCUUCUUCCUCUCAGCUCCCUCACCGACCCCCCACCCCCUCACUGGCCCUGCCUCCCCACGCCUUUCCGCCCACUGUUCGUCCCCAUUCCCACCACCACCCGGGCAUGUUCACCCCCUCGCCUGGCCUUCCGCCGCCACCCCCGCUGCUUCAAGUUGCCGGACACCCAGCUGCAGCCGCUGCCAUAUCUGGACAAGAGCUAAUUCGCCAAGAACUGAGUUCCCAAUUCCUGACAGCGCAAGGUGGAGCCGACAUGGGAGCUGCCGCUAUCCGCCCAUUUUUCCAGUUCCACCAGCACAACCACCAGCACCAGCACACCCACCAGCACACCCACCAGCACUUCACCCCGUUCCCGCCAGGCAUGGUGCCCACACCCACUCCAGCCAUGUAUGAGAAAUAUCCUGGCAAGAUGGAUGGGCUUCUGAGGCAUAAUUUUUAUCCUGCGCCAUUCCCCCCAACCGUGUCGGGGAUCUCCGCUGUGACUUUUGGCUCCCUGCAGGGGGCGUUCCAACCUAAGAGCACUAACCCUGACCUGCCAUCCCGGCUAGGCGCUGUCCCACCCAGCUUGUCCCAGAAAGGCACCCAGCUCACGGACCCCUUCAGGCCGACACUGAGAAAGCCUGGGAAGUGGUGCGCCAUGCACGUCCGUGUGGCAUAUAUGAUCCUGCGGCACCAGGAGAAGAUGAAGGUAGGGUGGGCCUGUGCCACCUCCCCCCUCCGCCUGCGUACAGUGAUGGGGUGUGGCGCAGCUCCUGCUGGUGGCCGCCAGAGGGUCGCUGCAAACAACGGGAGAGGCUUCUCCCCUCCUGCUCUUCUGAUGCCCGUGCUGGACCCAGGAUCCAAGUUGGGGUCUCUGAUGCAGGGUGAUCCCCACAAAUUGGAUUUCCGGAACGACCUCCUCACUUGCAUGCCUGGCCCUGGAACCUUUGGCAGCUUGCCCCACGGCCAGGAGCUGACACGCCCUGCCACCCUUUUCACGGCCUCUGGUACUGUCCACCCAGGCAGCGGCUCCUCCUUUGGUCCUGCCAGCACCCCUCACGGCUCCUUCCUCAGCCCCAGCCCCCACAUUGAUCCCUUUGGCAGGCCCCCCAGCUUCGCUUCGCUGGGGGCACUCUCCAAUGGGGCUUUUGGGGGCCUAGGCAACCCAUCCUUCAACCCUAGCUCUGUAUUUGGGCAGAAGGACAGCCCUGGCGCUCCAGCCUACCCCAGCCCCCAUGAUGCAUGGAACCGGCUGCACCGCACACCCUCUUCCUUCCCCACUGCCCCAGCCUGGCCCAAAGGCGCCACUGGAGAUGGGGCUGAGCGCGGAGGUGCCCAGCACGACAAGGAGAGUGAGAAGCCAGAAGGGCCAGUGAUCAAGGAUGAAAAGGACAGAGAUGCCCUCUUCUCCCGCCAUCCACUGCGUGCCUCUCCAGCCACACCCACCCCAAAGAACCCAGCACUGGUCCAUGAGGACCCCCCAGGCCGGACCCACAUGCCAACGGAGCGUGAGCACCGCUAUGGUAGCCCCGCAAGUUCAGGUCACACCUCUCGCUCACCUUAUCCAGAGCCACCUUUGAAGAAGGAAGUGAAGGUCAAGGAAGAGCCUGAGUUGACCGGGUUUGAGGGGGCGUUGCGCACAGGGGCUCCCUUCCACAGUACCCUGCAUGUUUCCCACCCCCUGGGGACACUGGCUGUGUUUGAGCGACCCCCGGCUGGGACUGGUGGAAGUGUCUCCCCAUACUUGGUAGCCGGCCCUCCCUCGGCUGCCUCCUAUGCUGCGCUCGAAGCUUGGCGUGAGCCCUACCACCGAGGGCUGGAAUUGCACCCGCUCCAGCGCCUGCCCCGCUACCUGGAGACCCCAUCGCCUGCUGCCGCUGCUGCUGAGGACUACGAACGGGCCCGAUUAUAUGGCCUGGCACCCGCACCCCACCCCAGCCUGAUGGCCUACCCCCGCCAUCAAAACGGGCUCCUGGCAAAAGCCACCCCCUCGGCCACAGCUGCGGCUGUCGGACUCCUGAGUGCCCCCCCGCCUCUCAUCCCUGCUUCAAAUGCUCGGCCCUGUUCCCCUCGGCGUGCCACUGACAUCCGGGAACUGGCAGCUGCCUACAAGGACCGGGACUCCAGAUAGUGGUGCUGCAGUGGGGUCCUGGAACAAGAGCACCCACACCAAACAGCUUCCCUUGCCUUCAGUGGACUGACGGGGUCAGCAUGGGCCCUGGGCAGUUAUCUAGGCCCUCUUCACGAUAGUAGGGAUAGGAGUGUGGCCUUCUUCCACCUUAGUCUGAGUGCCCUAGAAGCUACUACCAUCGCCCUGGGAGAAUUCUAGCCCCCUUUGGUUAUGAGCAGUGGGACCCUCUUCCUGGCUCCCAUGGGGCUUAAGAUAAUGUGGUCUGUCUUGGGGGUGGUGGUGGUGGUGGUGGUGGAGGAGUGGGGCAGGGAUUCAGGUGUUGGGGUGCCCCCAGUCUGUCUGUCUGAUGUCUUCAAAGUUCCCUCUUUCUGACCCUGGGGUGGGGAGGGGGGUUGGCACAGGAUUCAGUGUCUGCUUCCUGCUGGACUGAAAUUGACUUGGGAGCAUGUUCUUUUCCCUCCAUGGACUGAUGGGAAGGCUGCUUUCAGGGGAAGGGGGGGCUGUAUCUUGGGGCACCUCCCCCACCAGGCAGUGUAAAUAUUUAUAUAUUCUGCUCCAGGCAGGUGGGGAAAAGGUUUUUGUACAUUUAUAAAAGGUUUGAGAUUGUGAUUUUAACAGUGACUUUUCCCUCUUCUCCUGCCCCCACAGCACCCUUUGUUUUUACUGUACUGCUCUUUUCUAUACCUGUAUCUGCUCCCUCUCCACCCCGGUCCCUCUCCUUAUUCUGUAACUGAUUGGGAAGGGGCAACAAAAAGGGUGCAACCCACCUGUCUUUUGCCCUUUUCUUCCCCAGGUUGGUUAAUUAAACCCCAAACUGGUGCUUCUGGA